CGUGAAUUUUCUCAGGCAACGACCAGCCUGACACAAAACAGGCCCACAGCAGCAACCACGCACGACCAGCAACUGUUGCAAGGAAGCGGAAGCAGGGUGGACGAACAGAAUCACACACAAGCAGAUCCAGCACACAAACAACACCCAAAUACACACACACACACACCACAAGCACACAAGCACACACCACGCACGCACACAAGCACACACGCACACAUCAGAGGCGAUGGGGACGUGUCUGCAACAAGUCCUGGCUGGGUUUGAGAGAUAUGGGGAAGGGUUCGAUGUGGCAACGGCGAUUCGGCUGCGAUCAGAUGAGCUGCGACAGUCCUUGGGCAUCGACGAGCACAACCAAGCGAAGAAAGGGCAGGCACACCAUCGGAGCGGGCAGACACGUGACGUGUUGUCUGCUUGGGGCAAGGACGUUGCAGACGCGCUGCCGCCAUCAACGGCCGCAUCGCAGCGAGGCCGGUCGUCGCAUCGGCCUGCCAGCAGCGGGGGUGGGAUGGACAGCCUCUACCGCGGCGGCCAGGAGGAAGUGGAGAUGAAGAAGGGCAAGAAGCGGCCAGACUCUGCUGCGCAUGGUAAGCAGCGCCAUGGCGAUGGCAGCGACGGCGGCAAGCAGGGCGGGAACGUGACCACGGACCUGUUUCGUGGCGGCACAUUCGAGUACACGCAACAGAAGCGCAAGACGGGGACGGCGCGACAGCAGUCUGAUCCGUGGAGCGCAGAGACAGAGGAUGAUCGCACGCUGCAGCGGGCGCUGGGCCGGUCGCUGCAGCAACAGGAGCGUGCCAGGAAGCGCAUUGGCAAGACAAACAGUGAUGGGGACACGGCCAGCCGCGUGUUUGGUGGGGCGCGCGGUGAGACUGGCGCCGGCACCGGUGUUGCUGACGAUCCCCUGCGCGUCACGGGCACUGGGCGCGCACGGAGGUCCAGGCCGGCAUCAGCGGCGAGGGAGACGCGCAACCGCAUCUUUGCAGACGCGAACGGCGGUGCUGGGGUCGAUGAGCAUCUGCCGCGCGGCCGUCGCAUCACCAACCCCGCAGCCUAUGCCCGAACAGACCCUUGGUCCUCCACUGCAACACAUGUCAAUGCCUAUCAGAAGCGAUGACGCUUUGCACGUCUGUCUCUUUGUAUGUCUGUGUCUGUGUCUGUGUCUGUGUCUGUGUCUGUGAGUCCCUCUGCCUCCCUGCGUCUGCGUGUGUUUUGUUAGCUGCCCCUUGAUUUGUUACACCUGGCGUCGCUGGUUCGAGCCGAAUGUCACAUCACAACCAUCGUCGUUGCCAACAACCAAAACCGUUACCGAAGCAAGUCGUGGUCGAGAGCCAAGCAAGCAUGAGCACACGAAAGC